AUGUUAGGUAUAGGAUUGGACAUCGAAGACUGGGAUCUACAAGACCGAAUUACUGCCAAGAAGGCAAUCAACAUCAUGUGGUUUGCAAACCGAAAUGACGAAGGUAUUAUCUACUACACGUAUUUCAACCCCAUACCUACCGAAGUCGUUGCACUCGUUCUGACAGCCAUGAGUCACAUCCCAUCAAGUGUUGCAUUGACGAGUGGGCUCAAGGUCUCAAGGAAGAUAUCAAAUUCACAUCAGCUACCUACGGUUCUGUCUACAAAGGUCAUUUUGGCCUCGUUGCAGCACUUCCAACAACACACAGCGCCUUAUAAACUUCUCGAGAAGAUUUGUGACAAUCUCCAUGACACAGCUCGCUUCCAUGCUGGUGUCGAGCCACUUGCUAUGAUAUUGGCUGCACCCCACCGGAUUAACAACAACGCAUUUGAAGAUGCGAUUCGAGAAUACCAGCUUGAAGAGCAGGACAAUGUGGAGGAUAACGAGAGUUGA